AUGGGGGGCCCCCAAGGGGGGCCCCCCUGCAGCAGAAAUGUAGCGGCUGGGGCGCUGGCCCAGCAGCAAAUGGGCACUGCCCGCGCUGGAGCUGGAGCGGCGGCCUACCCUCCGUCCCGCUCAAUACCCGCGUGGGGGCCCCCCAGGGGGCCCCCUCCCAGGUGGUGGGGGGCACCCCCAGGGGCCCCCCGCCACCGCAGGGUACCCCCUUCCCCGGGGGCCCCCCACUGGGGGCCCCCACAAGGGGUCCAGCUUUCGCUGAGCCCAGGGGCCCCCUGGGGGCCCCUAGCAAAGGCCGAGCUGAUGUGGCGGCUGCUGGCGGUGGAGGGCCUGGGGGGGCCCCCGGGGGGCCCCCCAUGGGGCCCCCCAGGGGGGCCCCCAGGGGGGCCCCCGCCCCCACCAGCAACAGAGUCCCCCCGGGAGUCGCUGCUCGGAGGCCCUCUGAGACACAGCGGAAAGCAAGCAGCUGCUGCGAAAGAUCAAGACACAAGUGCAGCAGCAGCAGCAAUGGCAGCGGCAGCAGCAGCAGCAACAGCAGCAGCAGCAACAGCAGCAGCAACAACAGCAGCAGCAGUUUCGACUUACGGUACGGACCGGCGGUCAGUUGCAGGCGGCGUCAUGUGGACUCUAGGAAGAAGCAGCACUUAG